AUGGCUCAAACCCUCCGAAGGGCCCAGCCGGCGACCGGUCUCCUCUCCGACUACAACGGUAUCACCCGUCUAGAAGCCGAGCCACAAGAAGGUCCAACGGAAUACAAGCUGCACCUCCUCCUCCGCCCCCGGCGCAAGUACGAACACAGCAGCACUUCGACAGCCAAGAUCUGCGGGUCUACCCAGAGCAGACCACUGCCUUAUGAUCCCACUUCCAACUCAUUACGGGGCACUCCAGUCUCUGUUGGAGGGUCUUCAGGCGCCACGACAACGAGACAGGAUCGCUUUGAACACUUGACUACCCAGUUGCUAUGGAGGCUGCAGCAGUCUUGUCCUUACCAUGCUAGUUCUGCGGCGGUAGAUCUGGUAAUUCCGAAGUUGCCGGAUCCGGAUGAGCUGGCGCGGGAUGGAAACGUCAAGUUGGGCAAGUUGCUGCCGGGGCUGGAAGCAUCGAGAGGUGCCCUGUAUGAGAUUGGUGUGGCGGAUGAUGGCACGCUCGUGGGGCUGACGAGAGAUGAGCUGGAUGAAAGUUUGGUAAACUUGAGGGUCAUGGCGGCGAGUUUGGGAUGCAACAUGAAUGUGUUAAGGAUGGUGAUAGUGGGCGAGUGCGAGUGGAUUGACUCGUCGGUUGAGUCUGAAGGUUCGUUAUUCGGAGAACCCCAGGAGACUCGACGCAAGGACAAGUUAUGGGUGGUUGAAGCUCUGAUCAUGCCAGACUUGACUGCUCAAGCCACGGGCGGUGGUGCUGUGUCUUCAGCUUUGUCGACCAUGAAACAGGGGCCGUUGACCGCGAACCAGCUGCGCGUUACGCUCACGGGGCCGACUACGUCUGGGAAAUCCACGCUUUUGGGUAUUUUAUCUCAGGGGACUCUGGACAACGGCCGUGGAAAAAGUCGGCUCAACUUGCUCAAACAUCCCCAUGAGGUAGCUUCGGGUGUUACUUCCUCUGUCGCUCAAGCACUUGUCGGCUACAACGAAGGCGAAAUCAUCAACGAUGCUCAUAGCGGAGUUGAAUCUUGGAUCGACGCCCAUGACUUUACCAAGGAUGGCCGGUUAGUUUACCUGGUAGACUCGGCUGGAGCUCCGAGAUAUCGUAGGACUAUCCUCCGCGGCAUCAUUGGUUGGGCGCCUCAUUGGACAUUACUCUGCAUAGCUGCCGACGGCAGCGAUGCUUCCCCUGCUGUUGAUGCCCCGUCUCUGGGUACCACCCCGACCGGUAGCAGCAGCAGCAUCGAUCUAGCCUCCGCCCAUCUCGAGCUUUGCCUGCGCCUCAAGUUACCUCUGGCAAUCAUUAUCACCAAACUCGAUCUCGCUAGCAAGCCCUCCAUCUUGUCAACCCUCAACAAAGUCCUCACAGGAAUCAAGCGAGCCGGCCGCGCUCCCGCAAUUCUCAAAGCAGACGCCACCACUCCUCACGAGCUCACCCACGUCUCGCCAACCGAGGAAGCGGCCGUCGCCAAGGUCGCCGACCAACUCGCUUCCAACGGCGGUGACUUCUUAUCAGUGGUCCCUAUAGUCCUCACCUCCGCCGUCGACGGUCGCGGUCUAGGCAUGUUACAUGCUUUACUCCAAGGCUUGCCAUUACCUCCCACUCCAACCGCGCAUGACUUCAUCGGCCCUGCAUUGAAUCCGGAGCAGCCUGCCAGCUUGUUCCACAUCGAGGACCAGUACAACCUCGCUGCCUCCUCUUCACUAGCAACAGGUGACUCGGACGAGGAAACAGAUCUCGGAACCGUGGUAGCUGGCCACUUACGCUUUGGCAGCUUGUCAAUCGGGGAUACGGUGGUCGUUGGACCUUUCCCUUCUUCGUCUUCUACCUCUUCGUCGUCAGAUGAAACAAGCGACACGCCCAGCCCCGCCACCCCUUCUCUGGGAGCAGUAGGAGCUAUAGCAAGCGAUAACCACCUCCGCCCUACCCUCUCUGACUUGGAAGCAAACCCCUCAUCAGCAGAACUCAACCGUCUUAACUCGUCGACCAAAACCAACCCGUCUGCAUCUGCUUCCUCUGCAAAGGGGGAAUGGCAUACCGCCAAGGUUGUUUCCAUCAGGAACCUCCAGCUUCCCGUUCAGACCUUAGCAGCAGGGCAGGUUGGAUCUAUCGGCAUGGUGUUUGACCACCCCACGGCCACUGAAGCUGGCGCCAAAAGGACAGCGAGGGUAAGAAAGGGGAUGGUCCUCGCCGUUCCUGGGAAACACAUGUCCAGCACGACUACGUUGCAAGCUGCUAGUGGGUUGACUGCUGUUUUUGAAGAUGACGACUGCAGUCCCAAUGGCUCCAGCUCAAGCGGUGAUGGUAACGCAGACGAAGAAGGAGGAGUCGCGGCUGCGUUAAUAGUGGGAAGUCUAGUCAACGUAUACGUCGCCAGCAUCAGGGCUUCUGCGAGGGUGGUGAGGGUUACGAGGCUCCAUCCCACCCCUUCUCCCCUAUCUACACACACUUCCGUCAACGAGCCAAGUGGAAAGGAAGAGGACGAUGUCUUCACCUUCGGCGAUGACGUCAAUGACACCAGCAACAACGGUGAGACUGUUGACAGUGGACAUGUUGGGGAAGAGGAAGAGGAGGCGGCUAAGAAGGGAUGUGAAGUCCAACUGGAACUCUUGUCCAACCGCGAGUGGAUCGAGCUGGGCUCGAGGAUCUUGAUAUUGGGUGAUAAUGGGAGUCGGGAUCGGUCGUCGCGGUUGGAAGGGUUUGUGGGGAGGGUUGUUGAGAUUGUUGAGUGA